UCGAUCCCGGCCAGCCCCGAGAGUGGGGCACAGUGCGCCGUUCGGUCUGCACCGCGCAGGGAGCACGGCAAGGCUGCGGCGGCUGGGCGCUCUGCCGCGGCGGCGAGCGACGACGCGAGGAUAAGAAAAGAGGCGGCGCGCCUCCCGCGUGCGAAGAACACAAGGCGCCAGGGCCCCGCGACGAAAAAAAACGGCGCCUCCCUGGCGCGGAGCGCGUGGCUUGGAAACCAAGCGAAGACGCCGAAGGCAGGCUCUCGCCGCUUGCCUCUUUGGUCGUCUGCUAGCACGUCCGGGACGAAGACAACGUCCCGGCCGGCUUUCCGGGCGGCGGCAUCGACUGACUGUCUGCACACGCAAGCGCCCCGGGACCCCGCUCUCAUUUGUCUUCGACGGACCGGCGCUGCCGCCGCAUGAUGAGUUCUUUGGAUGACACAAUGAGGCGAUCGGCAACCUUAAGGCCAGCACAGGCGGUGUUCGGCUGGCGAGCCUCCAAGCCACACACCUGAAUCAUAUGGGCCAGGCCAAGUCGCCUGGAAUAUCCGCGACGCACCAUGAACCGUCCAAGCUCUUCGAUUAGCGUGACGACAGCCCCAGCACCUGAGCAGUCCAAAAGGGCGCUCACGAGGCUGGACCAGCUUGUGGUGUUUUUACUCUCAUGUUGCUACGCGCUGUGCAACAACGCUACCGGUGACACAACGUGGGACGUGCAGUGCCCCGUAGUGUGCAAGUGCAGCGUCGAAGCGUCAAUGAACAUGGGCCUCAACCUGCGAACAGCCAACUGCUCCGGCCGCGGACUGAGGACCGUGCCUGUUGGCCUUCCGCAUGACACCCAAGCACUUCUGUUGAACAGCAACCAGCUGACCGACCUCCACAACCAGAUACCAACGCUGCGGAAUCUGGUAGAGCUGGACCUUUCGCGGAACCAUAUCAAGCAGCUCGGCCGCGGCAUCAUCUUUCACAACAUCAGCAGACUAAAGUUUUUGGACUUGUCUCAUAAUGAAUUCAAGACCUUGUUCAACGGCGUGUUCAGGGGAAUCGUGCACUUAGAGACGCUUCUAAUGAACAGCGUGCAAAUCAAGUUCAUCGAAGAGCGCGUCUUUGACGGUAUGCGCCAACUGCGCGUGCUGACGGUAGACCGCAACCACCUGCCCUCCAUCUAUCCCGAAUGGUUUCAAGACCUGCUCGCCCUCGAGAGCCUGUCUUUAUCACACAAUCACAUUUCGUACGUAUACCCGCGCGUAUUCCUGCUGCUUCAUCGGCUACGCUACCUGUCGCUCGCUCACAACCGCAUUAGAGGCCUCAGCGAUCAGGCGUUCCUAGGCUUGGACAAUCUAACCACGCUGCACCUGGACAGCAACCAGCUGACGCGGGUGCCAGCCUCGGCCCUGCAGAAAUUGCAAGGACUGCAUACGCUCCACAUCGGUAAAAACCCGUUCACAGGGUUCCGCUCGGGCAAUUUUGUGGGUCUGCCUAUCGUCGAGCUGUUCGCGGACCACGUUCCCACCCUGACGGUGAUCGAGCGCGGCGCAUUCCGCGACUUGCCGCGACUACAAGUGCUGCGCCUGCACGACAACGCCAGGCUGCAGUACGUGGACGCGCAGGCGUUCGUCAAUGUUCCGUCCCUUUGCCAGGUGCUGCUUCACCGCAACAACAUCUCGGCGCUCAGCGAAGAACUCUUCCGCAACCUGUCUGCUCCUCUGAACGUUUCUCUGCACGGCAACCCGCUCUUGUGUGACUGCAACGUCCGCUGGGUGGUUGAGGCCGUGUCGGCCCUGUCAAACACGUCCGUUCGCUUUAUGCAACCCGAGGAACUGGCCUGCCACAAGCCGCCACCGAUGAUCGGACGGGGCCUCCUCAACAUAUCCCUGGCCGAAGUGCCGGCCGAGUGCCCGCCCUUCCUCGUCGGCACCGUGAACAGCACCGUGCAGCGCAAGAUCGGCGAUGCGCAGGUGUUCCAGUGCUACGCCCUCGGCCUUCCCGAGCCCAAAGUGCGCUGGCUGCUCCCGAACGGUCGUGUCUGCAAUGAGACCGGAAACGACGUGCACGUGCAGUUCAAGCCUCCAGGCAGCAUCACCAUCUACCACCUGAGGCCGGUCGACGUGGGAGCAUACACGUGCAUCGCCGAGAACAGGCACGGCCGCGUAAUCAAGGUGGUCGACCUGGUCGUCGAGAACAUCGACAUCCACAUCUUCCCACAGGGCAUCCUCUCGACGUCGGUAACCGUAGUGUGGAACGGCACGGCGCGCAACACAUUUCCCCAGUACGAGAUCCAGUACAAACCGGAUGACGGCAAGGACUCGCUGGUCGGCGCGAGCCCCAAGUCCGUGAGCAGCGCCGAAGAAGGACGUUUCGAAUCGGUGACCGUGAGCCGCUUCUACAGGUCAUAUACGAUCAACAACCUCCAGCCGGAGACCAGCUACGUGUUUUGCAUCGCAGUGAAGGACGACGAAGGGGACGCGCACAUCCAGUUAUCGUGCACCCGCGCCCGAACCAGGGACGCCAGCUUCAUGCUCCAGGGCAUCCACUAUACGAGCAAUGUGGCCGUGGCCGUAGUGUUGGGCAUCGUGUCUACCGCGAUUUUCGUGCUGUGUGCGGCCACGAUGGCGGCGCGCCGCUACAAGCACAGGCAGUACGAGACGCCGCAAAAAUCGCUCGUCAGCAAUACGGCGUCACAGGUCGUGCCGCUAGAGAGUCUGUACAGUCCGCUUAUGGCCAACGUGGGCUCAUGAGGACCCGCACUGCGCGUCGUUUUGCGCCAGCAAGUCGUACACGAGUCGCCUGGCGAACGCUCGACGCGCCCUUUCCUCUGGAAG